ACCAACCAGCCCAGAGGUGUGAGUUGCUGCGCAGUCACAGUCGCGGGGACUCGGAGUCAGGCGGGGAUCCACAGCGAUAUCCAGACAUUCAGAGCCACAGCCAUCACCAUGUCUGAUCCCAAUGAUGUCCGACCCGUCCCACACAGGAGCAAGGUGUGCCGCCGUCUCUUUGGUCCUGUGGACAGUGAGCAGUUGAGCCGUGAUUGUGAUGCGCUCAUGGCCGGCUGCCUCCAGGAGGCCCGAGAACGGUGGAACUUCGACUUUGUCACUGAGACACCGCUGGAGGGCAACUAUGUCUGGGAACGUGUUCGGGACCUAGGGCUACCCAAGCUCUAUCUGAGCCCUGGAUCUCGUGGCCGUGACGACCUGGGAGGGGACAAGCGGCCCAGUACCUCCUCUGCCUUGCUGCAGGGGUCAGCUCCAGAUGACCAUGUGGCCCUGUCGCUGUCCUGCACUCUGGUGUCUCACGCCCCUGAGCGGCCUGAGGACUCCCCGGGUGGGCCUGGAACCUCUCAGGGUCGGAAACGGAGGCAGACCAGCCUGACAGAUUUCUAUCAUUCUAAGCGCCGGCUGGUCUUUUGCAAGAGGAAGCCCUAAUGUGCCCACAGGAGGCUUCACCCUCUUCCACAGUGGGCCAGGAGGCCCCUUCCCCACCUUCUGGCUUAGCCCUCCCUCCCUUCACUCUGUGUGUCUUAAUUAUUAUUUGUGUUUUAAUUUAA